CCGAUAAUGUGUCCGUUUCGGCGGAGGAGAUAGGCGAGUCUGAAGCGCACUUCCGGGAUAUUCCGUUAGAUCCUGGAACGGUAUCGAUGCUCGGAGAAAAGCAGGACAGACUCGUUACGACUACUCGCGACGACGGCCGACCAGUGAAUGGAGCGAACGAGAGCUGCGACGUCAUUAUCCUCACCGAUAUCGAAUACGCUCUCCAAGCAAUGUCGUCACGCGCACCGAUAGCCACGAGUCGGCCAACAAACUAUGGUCACAUUGCACACAACCAUACUGAUGGCUUAAAUAGCAGGGAUACGUGAAAGAAAACAACAUGGCGAGAAGACUAUUACGUACGAUGAGAUGCAGCGUUUCGAUUUACAUAUUCUGAGAAUUCAGGCGGAAUUAUAAGAUUUUCGUCUCUGUAAGUGAUCUUAUCAAUUUUGUAAUUUCGCCACAACAUUUGCGAAAGUAGUGAAACAAAAAGUACAGUAAGUUAUAGCCCUUGGUGGAAAAACAAAAGCAAGAAACUAUUGUAACAAUUGAAUUCGAUGCUAUUUAAAACAAUUCACGAUGAGUAAAAAACGUACUAGACAGCCAGACGCAAAUGAAGAGCUAGUCGAAGGAUCAACCGAUUCUUGCGAUGAGUCCAGCAUUACAGGUAAUAAAUGUCCACAUAUUGCAAAAGCAGUAAACUAUAACAAAAUUAAGAGGCUUAUUAGUAAAGUGGGUAUCACUAUGGAAUGCUCAGAUUGUAAACAAAAUAAAAGCAUCUCUUUACAAAUAAAUGAGGAGGAGUCCACAGGAAGUUCUACAACAUUGAUUUGUUUAGUGUGUGGUCAUCGAGGUUGUAAAGUCGAGGAAUAUGGACAUGCUCUGCAACAUUUUAAGACACCUCAUAGCGAUUGUCAUUGUAUUGUUGUUAACACACGUUCUUGGAACGUUUGGUGUCAUGACUGUGAGGCAAACAUUCCUAUUAGCCAUAGGAAUAAACUCCAAGAGACAGUGGAACUUAUAAAACAGGCUAUCAUAGUGAAACGAGUUUCAUCGCAAACUAAUACAACGUUAUCCUACUUGUGGGAGGGCGCUGUAAAUACAGAUGUACAGGAAGAAAAAGCUUUACACAAUCUUCCUAAAGUUGGGGGGUUAAUGAAUUUGGGAAACACUUGUUUCUUCAAUGCAGUUUUACAAUGUCUAGCACAGACGCCAUUCUUAGUAAAAGUUCUCAGUGAUCUACGUCUUCCUGGACAAAAAAUUGUUCUACCAGGAGGAAAACAUAAGCCUGCCAGUAGCUCGGAAGAAUUCGAUAUAACACCCAUAGAGGGCACCUUAGAAGGUUGGGGCAAUUUUACUUCGGUUUUACAUGCAACACUAGUUGAAAUGCAAAAUUCUGAUGGACAGAAAUGUUAUUGUCCAUCAGAAUUGUUGAACUCGUUUAAAAAGAAACAAAUGCAAUGUAUGGACGGAGGUCAACAUGAUUCGCAUGAACUUCUUAGGCACCUUUUAGAGCUAGUUAGAAACGAGGAUCUUAAGAGAUAUCAGUUAGUAAUUUUGAAAGCAAUUGGUUUAAAUGAAAAAACGAACCCGGAAGAAGUAGAAAAGUGUCUGAAGUCCUGCGUAAAAUUCUACGGGAAUCAGGCAAGCGCGAGAUUACUUGGACCGGAACCAGUUUUUUGUGGAGUGUUGGUUUCUACUUUGGAAUGUCUCGACUGUCAUCAUACUUCGCAGAGUACAGAGCCUUUCCUAGAUCUAAGCUUGCCAGUAAUGGCAGACAAACCGCAACCACCAAUUGUAAAAAGAAAGAACAGUGGUUACGAAGAUGCCUUUGAUAUGCUGGGAAAUAUGAUCUCUCGCGCAUCUACGAAAUCCCAAUUAAAGAAGGAAAAGAAACCAGCCCGGAAAAAUCGAAGAAGUAAAAGACAAGAGUCUUGUGACUAUAGCAACGAUACAUCUAACAAAAGUAACAUCAUUGAAGAAAACAACGGCAGCAUAAUUGAACCAGAGGAGGAGAGCGAUGCGGAUGUAGAAGACAAUGCAGAAACAGAAGCUUUUCCUCCAGAGGUCGGUGAAUCUGGUUACAGCUCAGAGAAACAGUCCACUUUAGCUAGUCCCGCUUCUCCUGCGACUGAUCCAGUAAAAGCCGACGAGACCAUGAACGAAAUGGCAUUAGAUAAUUCUUUACAAUUCAGUCCGAUAAACAAUCUUCCACCAAAUCAAGACUUCUUUAAAACAAAUUCGUUACAUAGUCCACAUUCAACGGACAUGAAUAUAAAAGAUUUAUCACAGGUGAAAGCUCGAGAUAGAUUAAAUAACUGCGACAGCCCGGUAAAUGAGGCUGGAAUGCAGAGUGAAUAUUUUAUGUCGUCUUCGUUAACGGUGAAUCCGGAUUUAACCAGUCCAGAAGGACCGUCAACUGUUAGCUUGAGCUCAGCCACGUCAAAAGAAAGUUCCUGUAGUCCUACUCUCGCUUUCAAAAACGCUAGUAAAAACGUUAUGGAUAAUUAUUUUGAAUCAACUGCUCAUAACGAACAGGAAAAUACUGCAUAUAAUCAGCGCUGGGGAAGAAGAAAUGCGGUGGAAUACUCGAACGAGAUCUGCAAUGGUGUUAACGGCAUUUCUUCUGGAAUUUCGAAAAUGGGUCUUGGUUGUCAAUCAUCACCUAUCAGAUAUCCUACCAAUGAAGGAGAGUGUUCAAUAAUGUCAUGCUUAAAUCAGUUCACUGCUUUAGAAUUAAUGAGGGGCAGCAAUAAAGUUAGCUGCGAAGCUUGCACUGCAAGGGAGAGAAAAGUGAAAGAAAACUGUAAAAUGAUCUGUACACCGAGUACGAAGCAGUACUUGAUAUCUCGAGUACCUGCAGUCUUGAUACUCCAUCUAAAACGAUUCCAAGCACAACGAAUAGAUUUUCGGAAAGUGACGAGAGAAGUUUCGUUUCAAACAACACUAGAUCUAUCACCCAUUUGUAAGAAUCAUAAGAAACCUAAACUAUAUUCACUUUAUGGAGUCGUUGAACACAGAGGAACUAUUCAUGGUGGACAUUACGUUGCUUAUGUAAAGUCACGAAUGCCAUUGGCAUCGGAUGAUCCCAGAUGGUCAUUCUUGCCAACCAAUGAUACACAAGAGACUGAGGAGAAUUCUGAGAGUGAAGAUUCUGCGAGCGAAGACGGCGUAGCUGCGUGUCCUCCAAUUUCUGUGGAACCUCCUCCAGGGAAAUGGUAUUACGUUUCCGAUUCUAAAGUAACGGAAGUCGACGAAGACACCGUACGGCGAAGUCAAGCUUACCUUCUCUUUUACGAAAGAUAUUACUGAAUUAUGUUCUAUAAAAGUAACUGGAAUAUCGAGCGUGCAAGAUUAUAAUUUUAGAACAAAGUAAAAGAUCUCAAGCUAAUAAAUAGAACCUCGAUUAUUUGAACUAAUUUCGAACAAUGCAGAGAAACAAUGAUUUUUAAUGCAGUAUUUUAUAUUGAAAUUUUAUCUAUAUUUAUUCAUCAGAGAUCCGGUUCUCAUUGUACAAUUCUACAAAGUGUUUUAAUUACUUUGACAUCUCCAUUAUCUUGAAUUAUAACCAACGAAAUUGAUUUAUAGUUAAAAAACUAUAUAUAUCAUAAUUUUUGCUCCCUUACUUUCUUCAAAGAGUCAGAUUUGAAAAGAUAAAGAGAUAUUGAAAGAAAUGGAGACGUUAAAGUUGUUGAAAUAAGAUAGACGACUUGAGUCUAAACUAAUAAUGUCACUCUAUUAACACAGUUUUAUUUCUUACUUUUUAAAAGGCUACUUCGGUCUCUAUUUCAUAAGUUUACUGUUUGAGAUACUACUUGAAUGUAUUUAUUUUACACAAUAUUUAAAAUGUUAGCAGAGAUAAUAUGCUGUAAAAUGAAAUUGCUUCAAAUAAAAGUGGCUACAGAUCUAAAAUGGAGUAUAUAAUAUAAUGUUUCAACGAAAUACUGAAUAUUAGUGUUUAAAAAGUUAAAAAAUUCAACCUACUUGUGAUCGGAACGAUAUCUAAAAGUUCAUAGUUUACAGGGGUGUGAAAAAAAAUUUCUCAAAUCAUUACUAUCGAUGAGGUUUUAUUGAAUUUGAUCAGCAUCAAUAAUAAAUAAAGUUUACUCUCGGUUACAUCGUACAUUUUUGUGCAAAUAUUAUUCAACUGAUUGAAACUGCUUUUUGUACUCUGAACAAUUUUGUAUAAAUAUAUUAUAAUGUAACACUCAAAAGCGGUGUAAAUUUAAACAUACAUGAACAGUGAAAGUAACAGUAAAUCUUAUUCUAACAAGUAAUUAACAAAUAAAUAUCAGUUAUAGGGAUUUUGAAAUGAUUCUUGUGAUUUAUUCUCAGUCGAUGGAUUAGAAAUUUAAUUUCACUGAGGUCGCAUUUGAAUUUAAAAAAGUAUUUAUGAUGAUGAGAUACUAGAAUGUCCUAACAUUUACAUGUUCUAAUUGCAUUUACAGUAAUAAAUUAUCUUGAAGUACAAAACA